AAUUUAUACGUGGCGUGUUCACAACAAAACAAGAGUGAAAGGGAGAAAAAUUUGCAUUUUAGAUUUAUAAAGAACGUUUAUUUUAACCUGUGAUGGGCUGAAAACCUAAAGAAAGCUUUAUAUUUGUCGUGGUUUCUUGUCCAAAGAACAAGAACGGCCCGAAAGCUUUUUAAUUAAAAAGUAGAUUCAGGCAACACGAGACGAUAUACGGUAUUAAAUUUGUGACAGGUCGUGUUUAUAAGUAUACUAUUUAGAAUAUGGAUGGCGCAGGAGACGGUGGGUUUGAUCCUUGCGAAUGUAUAUGCAGUUAUGAUGGUGCGAUGAGGCGUCUGAUUUCUCUGGUAUGUCCUCUAAAUUAGAACUAAAAUUAUUUUGUCUGUUAAUAUCUAAACGAGGAAUGGUCAUGAUACAGAAAUUUUCUUGAAAUUGGAUCCUAUAUGUAUAAAAUCAUCAAUAACAUUACGUUUGUUUUGAUGGUAUUUCUUGCUGUAUUUAAUAACGUUGUGUGUUUUUUCCUCACAAUUUAGCUGCGAAGUUCGCAAAGCUACUGUACGGAUAAUGAGUGCUUUAUGGAACGUAAGUUUGAAUUUUCAUUCCCUCUAUAAUGUUUACAUUUUGCAUACUUAAUAAAUAUACUGAAAUAAAUUUAUAUACGGUAUUUUGGUACAUUUUUGGCAUACUGUUUCAACUGUUAUAAGUAGAAUUUCAAUAUCUUGGGUGUCUUUGAUAACAUUAAAUAGAAUCUUUAAUUCUUUAUAUCGAUAUUAUGUUAUCUCAAUUUUAGCCUUCUGGAACUAUGUUUUUGCCAUAUAAGUAGAACAGGUGUUUACAUUUUGCCAUUUUAAUUCAUUAUCUACAUUCAUUAUUUAUAAUUAUUCAUUUUACCAUAAGUUUUCCAAACAAGGACUAUUUUUAUUGUGAAAUAAUCUUCUGCCAUUUUUGUUGUUUUCAGGACACUUUUCAAAGUGCGGUUGCCAAGUUUGUUUUGAAUAUUUCCAACUAUGUUUCCAAAUUUGAAAUAUUGGGCAAAUUACAUUAAGUUUAUGUUCAGCACUUUGGUACCUUAGUUCAGUACUUUAGUGAGCAUCUUGCAAAUCUAUGCCAAGUUUUCAUAUGACAAAAAUUUUAUUUUGUGUUAGACAGAGUAAAUUAAUAAAGUUGUGUGCAUUUGGGCACAAUGCAACUUGAUGGAUUCAUGAACUAUCAGUUAGAUUUAAUUUGUAUUAUAGCAUGACUGCGCAGAGAUUAUGUAUACAAUCCCGGGGCUUAUAUAUUUAUAUAUAUAAUCCGUGGGCUAUAGUGAAUUCAUAAUUGCCUAAAGAGGCAUCUACAAACUCAAGCCCCUAAUCUCCUUAUCUAAAUAAACGCUGUACAUCUCUAGACGAGAAAGAGACUACCAGUCAUGCAUAAGGCCCAUCAACUGAUGCAUUCAGAGGAUUGACUUGAUCAACAGUCAAACUUCACAUGUUCAACCAGAUUCCCACAGGCGUAAGAGUUGUUUUGGGAACAAACCCUCACCAACUGUGCAGAAGUCAGUGCUCAAACAUCGGCUUUAAACCAGAUAAAUAUUAAACCCCCCAUUCUCGCAACCUAGGGUUUUUUACCAUUCUCGUUGUUCAAUCUAUAUUUGUAUGUUUUGUAGCUCCUGGUCCUCAGGGGAAUGAUGGAAAUGGUGGUUUCAGUAUAAUGUUUGUUUUGAUGGCAUGGUUGGUUGCUGCUGUCAUAUUGUUCCUGCUUAGACCACAGAACAUGAGACAGUCUGGAAGUGAAAAACCCUCAAACCAGGUAGGUAGACUUGUCUUUAAUAUAUAUUUCCACCUUAUUUUUAGCUUUCAAUUUAUAUUCUCAUUGUUUUGGCCCAAAUAAUGAAAAUUAUAAACUGAUGUGCUUUCUUUCUUUCUUUCUUUCUUUCUUUGAUUUAAUUAAUUAAAAAUAUUUGCCUACUUUUGUAUAAUGUACAUUAUGUUAUAUUAAUUUUAUUUUGAUUUAUCUAGGGUCAAGGACCUCCACCACCUGCUCCACCAAUACAGUGAUUGACAGUGGAAUAAAUUAACCCAGGCUUGAAUAGAAUGGUAUUUCGUAGUAUUCAUUGUAAAGCAAUACUUAUAGCUGAUACAAGUAAAAUAAUAUAAUAUGUGAAUAUUAUCUACUUAUGUAUAGAGUAUUUGUAGACACACCAUGCAAGUUUGUACAAUGUAUAUUGUGUAAAAAUAUGUAUUUACACUAAUUUGUAGCCAUGUAUGAUUGAUUGUUUAUAGUCACAAGAAUAAUUAUUUGCAAUUACAGUCUGCAGAGUUUUCAGAUUCAUGAACACCGACCGGAAUUCAAUCGAUACCGAUAACCGCUCUUGUUUGAAAUCAUGAACGUGAAAGUACAUUAAUUUGAUUGCCGUUCCUGAUUGCAAGUAAGAACUACUGACGUCAUAUAUAACGGCUCGAUCGAUUUCUUGUUGGUGUCUAUGUCACAGAUUAGAGGAUUACAGGGCAUAGUCCUCUAAUCUGUGUUGUCAAAAGAGUUACUAGUCUUAGCUUUGAAAUUGUCAUGCUUUAAAAUUGUGUUUAUAAAAUUGUGACUUCUUUCCGAGUUUCAUGGCCAGUUUCAUCCAAUGUUUCGGGAACAGGGUGGUUCAGUGUCUCUGGUAAAAAUAGGCCAAUUAAUCCGGCAAAGAUGCCACUUCCAGCAAAUAAGAUCAUUGGUAAUCUUUGAUCCAUUAUGGCCAGCGUAACAACAACUGGUGCCAAUAUACCACCCAAACGUGCAGUCAUUGAACAUGUACCCAUCGCAGAAUUCCGUACGACGGUCGGCACAAGCUCGGCGGAGUACACAUAUAAUAUUCCAAAUGAAGAAGACAUGCCAAAUUUACCAACAUUUGCAGUCACUGUAGCAAACUUUGCUGGCCCGAAUGCGCAAACCAGACAACCGAUAGAUCCGAACAUUAGGCUAAGAAACAGAGACCUUUGACGACCUAAGUUAUCGAUCAUUGGAACGGCAAGGAAAUAUGAAGGAACCUCAACCAGGCCAGAGAGAAAGAAAUUCCAAUACCUAUCCCCUUCCAUAUUUUUUGAAUUAAAUGACAAUCCAUAGUAGACCAUACAAUUGAUGAGCCAUAUAAGCAUUAGUAUAACCAUUUUAGAACGGAGGCUUUUGUGCGUUAGCAAAGUGUGUAUACCAUAAUUUUCUGACGUUGAUUUUCGCUGUUGAUGUUUGGUUCGUGUGAGACGUUUGUCAAACAUUGUGCCAUUUUUUUUCGCAAUUUUUUCAAGAAUUUCUUCGGCUUCAGAAAUUCGGCCCUGGGCCAAAAGCCAACGUGGCGAUUCAGGAACUGAUUUUGAAAAGGCCAGUAUGUACAGGAUUCCUGGUAAGGACACAGCGAUUGUCAAUUGACGCCAAUCACGGAAAAAGUAUGCCAUCAUGGAAAAGAAGCCAAAACCAAGAGCAUAAAAUAUUUGAGAAAUUGUCAUCACUUGUCCU